AAUAAAGCAGAAAAUCAUUAGUAUUUUACAUUCCAUUUGAGAAAAGGCGAAUUUUUGUAAUUAGUGAAAAUUGUAGAAACUCAAUUAAAUUCCACUGAAAUUAUUGUAAAAUAAAAAAAAAACCUCCUUAUAAAGUGAUUUGUGUGAUUUGAUUGUGUUUUCGUCCAGUGAUCAUUAGUUAUUGACGAUGAAAUUGAAAUAUUUGCUUGUUUUGAUAUUUUUGUGUGUCGAUGUGAAUGCCAGACCAUCUGAUUUAGAACAAGAGCUGUUCAAAGCCGUUCAAAAUGGUGAUAUUGAAGAAUGUAAAACUCUAAUCGAAAAUGGAGCGAAUGUAAAUGCAAAAUUUGCCGAGGAGCUGGGGUACUUACAUUAUGCUGCUAGCUGGGGUCAGGUAGAAAUUAUCAAGCUUUUAAUCGAACAUGGUGCCGACGUACAUGCCGAAGCACAGAACAAAUUUACACCGAUUUUCUAUGCCGCUGCGAAAGGCAAAACAGGAGCAAUCAAGGUUCUAAUCGAAAACGGUGCAAAUGCAAAUGCUGAAGCUGAAAAAAAGCAGUCACCACUUCAUAAAGCCACGGAGUAUGGUCGCAUCGAUGCAAUCAAAUGUCUAAUCAAAUACGGAGCAAAUGCGAAUGCCGAAGAUGAAAAAAAACAAACGCCAUUAUACUUUGCUAUUAAUGCUGGUAAAACUGAAGUAUGCAAAACUCUAAUUGAAAAUGGGGCAAAUGUAAAUGCAGAAGAUAAAAAUAAGAGAAGCCCUCUUCAUUGUGUUAGCAGCAUUCCAUGGGGUGAAAUGGCAAUAAUGCAACUUCUAAUUGAAAAUGGAGCAAACGUUAAUGCCGGAGAUAAAGACCAAGACACUUCUCUUCACUAUACUCAAGUUUGGGGUAACAUAGAAGCAAUCAAAUAUCUAGUCGCGCACGGAGCUAAUGUCAAUGCUGAAAAUAGCGAUAAACGUACACCACUACAUGUAGCUGUCAGCGGGGUUCAAACCCAAUCAGUGGAGUUUUUGAUAGAAAGCGGUGCAAAUGUGAAUGCCAAAGAUCAUAUGGGCGAAUCACCGAUUUUUACAGCAACAGCAAAAGGCCACCUAAAACAAAUCGAACUUCUUGUUGAAAAUGGAGCAAAUGUAAAUGAAGAAAAUAAAAUGAAAGAAAGUCCCAUUCAUCAAGCUGUUAGAUGGGACUUUCCCGUUCAAACAGAGGUUAUAAAAUAUCUUAUCGAUCAUGGAGCGAACGUUAAUGCCACAGAUGAAAAUAAACAAACUUGCACUAUGAAAGCGGCUAUGAAAGGAUACCUGGAACAAAUCAAAUGUUUAGUCGAACAUGGAGCAAAUGUUAACGCCGUAGACAAAGACCAACACACUUCGCUGUAUUACGCUGUUCAAAAUGGCCGCACAGAAGUAGCCGAAUAUCUACGAGAAUAUGGUGCCAAUUUCCAUGCUAAAAUGUAGUGGCUAAAGUAAAAUUUAAUUAUGUCAGAAUUGAAGUCGUGUAUAAUCGUGUUUAUCAAGAAAUAAAAUGAUUGUGAUUUAGA